UCCAUCCUCCCCGCCGUGCGCGGCUCAAACUUCAGCCUCCGACCCGAGCGACCACCCGGCCCCCGCCCGCCUCCCCCGGGGAAGACAUAUCUUCGAUAUAAAACACUUUUUUUUUUUCUUUUUUUUUUUUAAAUUUCCCUGUUUUUUUUUGUUUCUUUUUCUUUUUGGAUCCGCGCUAAGUGUUUUGCGUCAGAGAGCGAAGGUUGUUCAACUUUUGAUGGAAAACCACUGCUGACUUCCCAGGUGAUAGUGAGUCGAGGUGCUGAGAAUGAUGGACCAUCUCAGCGAGACGUGUUUGGGCAAGGAGAACCCCGAGCUGGUCAACAGCAUCGUGGACGCCAAGGCCCCGCCGGCCAAGCUUCCCCGCAUGGAGCAGAAUGGCAGCCCCCUGGGCCGGGCGAGACUAGGCAGCACUGGCGCCAAGCUCGCCGGACUCCCCUACAAGCCUGUAAACCACCUGCUGAAGACCUGCCACAAACGAGGCAACAUGCUGCCAGUCUUCUGCGUGGUGGAGCACUACGAGAAUCCUAUGGAUUUUGACAGCAAGGAGGAGCACGCGGAGUUCGUGCUGGUGCGCAAGGACAUGCUCUUCAAUCAGCUCAUCGAGAUGGCGCUGCUGUCGCUGGGAUACUCCCACAGCUCGGCCGCUCAGGCCAAAGGAAUGAUUCAGGUGGGCAAGUGGAACCCCAUCCCCUUGUCAUACGUGACGGACGCGCCGGACGCCACGGUGGCCGACAUGCUGCAGGAAGUCUACCACGUGGUCACGCUCAAGAUCCAGCUGCACAGUUGUCCUAAGCUGGAGGACCUUCCACCUGAGCAGUGGAGCCACUCUACAGUAAGAAACGCCCUCAAGGAGUUACUCAAAGACAUGAAUCAGAGCUCUCUGGCUAAAGAAUGUCCCUUAUCACAGAGUAUGAUUUCCUCCAUUGUCAACAGCACUUACUAUGCAAAUGUGUCGGCGGCAAAGUGUCAGGAAUUUGGGCGCUGGUAUAAACAUUUCAAGAAGACAAAGGAUAUGAUGGGCAUGCGCCAAACCUCCCAGCUGGAGGGCUACCUGGGGACGUGCGUCCUCCGCGAGAGCCCGCGUGCUAAUGCACUAGCCGAGAUGGACGCCCUGUCGGACCUCUCCCCGCCGGGCUCCAACCACAACCACCUGGGCUUCUCCCAGCAGCAGCAGCCCAUCCCGGGCAGCACGGCGGAGCAGACGCCCUCCUCGCCGGUGCCGCCGCUGUCUCACGCGCCACCGCCACCCCACGGGGGCCAGGCGGGCGGCCGGCAGCCCCAGCUCCCCGGCCUGCACCACCCGGGCCUGGUGUCCACGCCCAUCAGCCCGCAGCUGGUCAACCAGCAGCUGGUGAUGGCGCAGAUCCUCAACCAACAGUACGCCGUCAACCGCCUGCUGGCGCAGCAGUCGCUGUCGCAGCAGUACCUCAACCACCCGCCCGUCAACCGCGCCUCGCACGGCAAGCCCCUGGAGCCUCCGGUGGGCUCCAACACGGAGGUGUCCUCCGAGAUCUACCAGUGGGUCCGGGACGAGCUCAAGCGGGCCGGGAUCUCGCAGGCCGUCUUCGCACGCGUCGCUUUCAACAGAACCCAGGGCUUGUUGUCAGAGAUCCUCCGCAAAGAAGAAGAUCCAAAAACGGCCUCACAGUCGCUGCUGGUCAACUUGCGGGCCAUGCAGAACUUCCUGCAGCUUCCCGAGGCCGAGCGCGACCGCAUCUACCAGGAUGAGAGGGAGCGCAGCCUCACGGCCGCCUCCGCCAUGGGCACCGCCCCGCUGAUUAGUACUCCACCCAGCCGGCCUGUACAGCCGCGGAGAGAAGACUGCAACAGCGUGCGCCCCGAAGACUGGAACCCUCGCAUCCCUGUGGGCAUUUCUCCUGUGAGCAAACACCCCCACCUCUACUCCGAAAUCUCUUACACGGUGAAGCCGUCCCCCCUGCCCAGCGAGUGGAACGGCAAGACGGAGAGCUGCAUCCUCAACAUCAACUCCAACAUCUACGACGAGAUCCAGCAGGAGAUGAAACGAGCCAAGGUCUCCCAGGCGCUCUUCGCCAAGGUGGCCGCCUCCAAGAGCCAGGGUUGGCUGUGCGAGCUGCUUCGCUGGAAGGAGGAUCCGUCCCCGGAGAACCGGACGCUGUGGGAGAACCUCUCCAUGAUCCGCCGCUUCCUGAGCCUGUCGCAGCCCGAGCGGGACGCCAUCUACGAGCAGGAGAGCAGCGCGGGGCAGCAGCAGCACCACGGCGAGCGGCCGUCGCACUUCUCGCACGUCUCGGCCGACCACCUGCAGGCCCAGCACCACCACCAGGCCGCCCUGUCCCUGCAGCACCCGUCGCAGCCUCUCCUAUCCCAGCAGCCCUUGCAGCACCAGCAGCAGCAGCCUACCAGUGGCCCCCGCCUGCCCCCCCGCCAGCCCUCCACCGCCUCCCCGGCCGAGGCGGAGGACGACGUGGGCCGCGUGGGCGCCGUCAAGUCGCGCACGUGCGGUGGGAAGAUCUCCCUGGAGGCGCUGGGCAUCCUGCAGAGCUUCAUCCAGGACGUGGGCCUGUACCCGGACGAGGAGGCCAUCCACACGCUCUCCGCCCAGCUGGACCUGCCCAAGCUCACCAUCAUCAAGUUCUUCCAGAACCAGCGCUUCUACGUCAAUCACCCGGCCAAGGCCACGCCCAACAGCAGCACGAGGAGUAGCAGCAGCAGCCCCGCCUUCGACGAGGACCUGACGGACCUGAAGGAGGGCGGCGAGCUGCUGAAGGAGCUGGACGAGUGCACGCAGACCAACAGCGCCACCUUCUGCGUCAAGACGGAGGAACAUCCCAACCGGGGCGGGGCGGCGGAGCCGGAGCACGAGGUCAAGGAGUAGAGCGGCGGCGUCCCCCGGUUUUGCAUUUUGUAAAAAAUCUCGUGUUCUUCACUGUUGCAUCAUGGACAUAACCUGCACAAAGAUCUGAAAAGAAGAAAAAAAAAAAGACUGCACUCGAUGUUUUACACUGACUGACUUUCGCUCCCAGCUACUGACUCCACGCCGGAGGAGGAAAAAAAAGUCCACUCGGCAUUUUUUUUUUGUUGUCGUUUAUGUGCGUGAUGUUGAACCGUCCCCUUUUCUUCAAGGACCAAGUAGUUUGACACGGCCUUAAAAGACUGCAGCCUCACUUCUUAUUAUUGUCAUUGGUAUUAUUAUCAACUCGCCCGUCUUAUCUUCGGGGAAAAAAGGCGCGCCGCGUGACGACUGAUCGACUCUGGAGCGCCAGCGCCCGGCCCCACAUUGUAACGUGUCUCUAUAUAAAAGAUAUAUAUAAUGAAUUUAUGCCAACAAUGCCUUGACCAUACGGCACUGCCGCUGUUCCAACCUCCCCGUCACUGUAACGCCACUACAAUUGUGAACGACGCCAUCUUUAUUUAUUUGCAGUCCCCCCACCGAACCUUUGUUGUUUUUUUUAUUUAUCGACGCGAAGAAAAAAAAAAAAAGUGUCUUAAAGGUCGGAAACGGAGAAACGUACUACUGCAACUUUUCCUGUCAUGCAAAGGAAUGGUGCGGGGGGGGGAGAAAAACAUAUGCAAUCCGUGUGAAAACGAUCGGCGUCCGCGACGUGUCUUCCUUUGACCAGCUGAUGGCGUACAAGUACAAACGAGCUGUUUAAAAAAGAAAAAGAAAGACCUUCCGUUAUUUUACUACGACUGACUGUUUUUAUAAGUGUCCCCCCCCCCCACAUCUGGAUUGUCGGCCCCUUUGUAUCCCUCGGCAUCGAACUCCAGGGCCGUUUUGUCGGGCGCCCCCCCCCUGCUGGAGCGGAGCGCUCUUUGUAAUAAGUGUAAAUAGCACACGCUGUCUGUGAGGGUGUAAAUAGACUCUGUCGUGCCUCUUU